GCUGCGUGUGAGCAACGGUUUUUGAUCCCUCCGCGCGCAGUGAGCCAAAGAGUCCCCCGUCCCCCGUGAAAUCUCUGCCGUUCGCCCGGGGCGGGGGGAGGGGGGGCACGGGACCGUCUCUCGCGAGCCGCUUUCCUUCCCUGCGCCCUUUGGCCGGGAUGCCCGGUAGCCGGUGGGCGAGAGGGGCGAAGGCGCGGAGGAAUACGCGGUGAGGCGGCCCGGUUUGAAUGCGGGAGGCGGGUACCUGUAAUUACAGGAGAGCAAAGGCUGACUAAAUGUUUCUUAAAAUAAAUCACUAACAAUGCACAGACGAUCUAAGAAUAUAAAUGCUCCCCUGGAAGUUAAAGAAAAUGAGAGUAGCUACACUAAAGAGAAGGAAGAGGCCUCUUUCCCUGAUCUGUCAAAAGACCAGAAGAUUUGCAAAGUGAUUAAAUCAAGAGUUGCAAAGGCAUCCAAGAAGGAGAAUUUAAGUGAUGGGAACCAGGCGCAGUUGGAAAAAUGCACCCUGAAAUACACCAAAGGCCUCGAGAAGAAAUCAUACCACAAGGAGGAUGUUGUUAGCUGUCAGUUUACUGAAUGCUUUUUCGAUACGCUAAAAGGGGAUAUGGUUGGUGAACAUACCUUGCCUUUGAACAGUAAGGAAAAUUUUUCAAGUAGACCUGUUUCUUUGGGGGCUGAAUGCUACUUGACACCUAAUAGAGAUGAAGCAGAAGAAACAUCUGAUUGUGCCAUAUCAGAGAAGCAGAGGAAAAAAACUGUUGAUUUUAGAACUAUAACAAUUGCUGAAUUUGGGAUUACUCAGGAAAAUUUUACUAAACAAUCUAUAGGGAAGUCUCCAACUUCAUUAAAAUAUAGACGAAGAUCAGCAAUUGGAGUACGGGGAUCACCAGAAAAUAACACCCUUAUUCAAUACCUUGCCCAACAGAGAAGCAACAGGCAAAAAGCAGCUUUUACACAGGUUAGUCCUUUUAAACGUGAAAAUGUCAGGUCCUUGAAGGACAAGAUAGAUGUCUUUCAACAAUCCUUUCAAUCAGUACAAGAAGCUGAAGGGGAGACUGGCUUCUCUGGACUGUCACAAGUGGAUGAUGCUUCCCAGGAAGCAGGCUGUUCUCCAAACAAAGUACCCUAUACAAAAGAGCGGAACCUGGAUCAGUGGAGUGAAAAGUUCAUGUCAGACAACAGUGGAGCUGAUUUGAAAGAAAACUUAAGACAAAAUUUGACCAACAGCAGUAAGUCUGAUACCAGGAUCUGCACCAUCUUGUCUUUGUGCCAAGAUGUGGCUGUCACUGAACCUGCUGCUGCUGUUUCAAAGAAAUGGGUUUAUGAGCAACACAAUCCUAUUGAGUCGUUGGAGGCUGUUCUAAUUAGAGAUACCUUAGAAACAGGCCAUGAUUUCAGUUCUGACCACAUCACUAAAGAUGUUAGAAGUAAUGUUAUAUCAGAUCUAAGCAGAAAGAAAGUUAGUUUUGGAGAAGAACUGAGCCUGGAAAUAUUUGAUGAAAGCAAGCCACCUAUCACGCCACUACAAAUGGGAAAUACUUCAUUAAAUGAACAUACACAGAGUGGUUCCAAUCUGCGAUCUGUAUUGAAGAAAACACCAGCAAAGCAACUAAUGAAUAGCAUGAAGGAAUACGUGGACGAUGCAGUUGACGGAGGAGGAGGUGAAUCUCUCGCAAUCUCCAAUUGUGCAAAAAUCUUUGAAGCAUUGCAAACAGAGAAAACUGAAACACAUAGCUCUGAAAAGCCAAAGAGGAAAAGAGUUACUUUUGGAGAAGUUCUAAGCCCAGAAAUAUUUGAUGAAACUUUGCCUGCAAAUACUCCAUUGCGCAAAGGAGCAACGCCAGUCCGUCAUCCAGGAUUACAAAGUAAUAGCCCUUUUGCAGGGUCAAGUCUCAUUGAAGAACCAUUAUCCCAGCCGAACUUUGAUUGCAAUGAUGAAUGUCUUGAGCCUCUUCAAGAGUUAGUGGAGGGUCCUGUUGCUGCAGAAGACCUCUUACCUGUUGAAAAUGCAGAAGUAGCAGAAACUGACAAAUCUGACGUGAUAAAAACUCGUUCUUCUACUAAAAGGAAGUGUAGCACCGUUUCAGAGGGGACUGAUUUUAGCAUCUCAAGAGCCACAAAUACUAAGAAUGUUAAAGAUACUAAAAAUCCCAGAAAGAACAAGUUUCAAAAACAAAAAAAUAUAACCACAUCUGCUGCCAAAAAGACACCAAAAAUAAAACAUACAGGCUAUGGGAAAAGAAGAAAAAAAAAAGUAAAAAAAUCUUUAUAUGGGGAAAGAGAGAUGGCUUCUAAGAAACCUCUUCUCAGCCCUAUCCCUGAAAUGCCAGAGUUUUUCUCUUCUGCCUCAUCUCCAAACUCACCAAAGGCAAAUGUAUUUUUUUCAGAGGACAUAUUUUUAGAUGAUAACAAAUCUGGGAAUGCUCACAAGGAUGUUCAACAGAAGCCAGCAGUUGAAAGAAUGAGAAAUGUCUGUGCGGUUCAUAUGUAUUCAAGCUCUAAGGACCUGGACAUUGCAGAAGCCAGCAGUUCCAAUAAUACAGUGUUUCAGGUGUCAGAUGGUGAUCUGAAGUCUGUUUCUGGCAUUGAUCAUAAGUUUUCAAACAUUGUGCCAGAUGCAAAGUGUGUUUUUGUUACAUCUGACUAUUUCCAACAAGGUAAAGAGACUGCAUGUGUAAAAGAGGCAAAAGAAAGUGGUUCCUUGAUAGAAAACGAGAAAUUACAAGGAAAUCUCCUAAAUAAGGCAGAGCGGCUAAGUGGGCUAGAAUUUCUGGAACAAGAGGACACUAGCGUACCUGAAGGUGCCCAAAGAACUCAGUGUCCACCGAAAGAUUCUAUAAGAGGUAGUCCACCAAGGAGAAGAAGAAGUAGUAGUGCCAUCUAUUUUCCUCCUGUUGAAAAAUUGGAAAUAACUGGAAAUGAUUUUCCAGUUUCUUCCUUUAACGUGGAAGAAGUCUUAUCUGCUCCUCAGCUAAAAAAUGACUCCUUAGAGCCUUUUAGAAGAAAGAGCGAUGACAAUGGCGAAAGAAGAGUGAGGCGCAGCAUGAGAUUACAUAAAGAUGCAGAAAUUGAAGGACUUGCAUGGAUUCAAGUACCCAAUGAGAUUCCAAAGAACCUUCCCCUGCUAGCUUCUGCUUGCAAAACCAGGAGAACAAUAAGCACAUCCAUCCUUACGGAAUCUGAGAAUAUUCACCAUAGAGAACAAAGUCUCAUCCAGUUUUCAGCACCAGGGAAGGAGAACAAUGACUCUGUUAAUCCUGCUGAUGGUCCUUGCAAAAGAUGGAAGAGGAAAAGCAUGUGUGUAUCCAUGCCUCAAGAAACAACAACUUGGUCUCAAACCCGGAAAAGGAGCAUAACAAAUUCUGUAUAUAGGAAGGUCAGGAGGAACCCAAAACACUAUGAAGAAGUAGAAAUACCUCUUGAAAAUAACAUUUAGCGAGGUUUCAGCUACCUCUGAUUUUCUAAACUGAAGGUCAGUAUUAGAUUCUUAUGUUCUCUACCUUAAGUGCUGUUUUCUUCUCUCUCCCACUUAUAUUGCCUUACUUAUUAUUUCCUUAUUAAUUUUCUGGAUAACUUAGAAGUGAUUUUCUUUAUCUUGAUGCCUACAAUGCUUGAAGAUCAGAACUGCGUGGAAGACCUAGCUUGGCUCAAAGCAUUGGUCUGGUAGACAGUCAUGGCAGGUAAUCAAGAGGAUAAAAAAUUUUUCUCCCGUGAUGAACUGAAUUUGCCAUCACCUCUUUAUUGUAGUCUACAUCCUUGCUUAUGUGUUUUCAUACUUUAGUGCUGUCUGUAGAGCAAUAGCAAUUAAACACUGCUAAUACUAUAAAAAACUCGACAAAUAACCAAUUUUCUUUGCAACACCAGGUUCAGUCAUUUCAAGAAGGCAAAGACAAUUUUUCUCAGCUGAAAGGAUUGCUUCUAGGGGCUAGUGAAUUUUGUUGCAAGAUACAGCAGCAAGACAAGAUACAAAAUUUAAAUAAUGUUUAUGCAUGCAUUUGUAUGGAUUUUAUCACAGUCUGGGAUUUUCUUGUGUUUAGAUAAAUGUUUACAGUUGUGAUACCUGCACAUUAGUGUGGGAUUUUUGCCCUUGAAACUUAGUCAUGAUUGUUAGACUGGAUGUGUUUAUUCGACCAUCUUGCUAUACUUUCUCCGCUUGCAAAUGCACAAUCAAUAUAUGCAGUUGCUAAAUGGAGACAUGUCAGCAAACGUGUGACUCUCAGCUGUUUUAAGUAAAGAGGAACAAAUCUGAUAGUUCAAAAAUAUGGUCUGUGGUGACAAGUAGCUUUUUACGUGAUUGGGAGUUGAUACUAAUCCAUAUUUUGCUGAUAGGGCUCUGUCCUUUUUUUGAAAGAGCAGAAUUCAAGCUUAGAUUUUGUUAUAUUUUUGAAGUUUAAUUGAAGCAGAUAAAACGUGAAUUUGAUUUUAGUAGAUAAACCACAAUGUUGUCAAGUAUGCCCUUUCAGCUAGAAUUCAUUGAAGUGUUGAUGUUUCCCAUGUGCUUGAUCAUUCCUUAUAAAUUGCUUUUGAAAUCUGCAUGAAUUUUCUUCCAGAUUUCAAAAAUAUCCUAAAAAACCUCUUGAGAUUCUCUGCAAAUAAGGAAGAACUCGCUUCUGGCUUGAAGGGGAGGAGUAGAAGGCGGGGAAGCUGUUACCAUCUUCUGAAAAGGCUUUGCUUUACCUUCUGGGCACGAGUGGGGGUAGAGUUCCUAUACAUAAGACUAAAUUUUGUGUUGGAAAGAGUUAAUGAAUUCUGCUUCUAUGCUGUGAAGGUUGGUCACUUAAAAAAAAAAAAAAGGCUUUUAAAUCUUUAUUGUAUAUAACAUUAAUUUUAAAAAAUUAAAUUGGCCAAGGAAAGUGAAACAUUCAUCAAAA